GAAGUGAACUUCAGAAAUGAAGAAGCCUUUUGAUUGAAAUAUGACACAUUUUCAAGAAGAAACAGCAAGUUCAGUUGCCAAUGAACAGAACCAGAACAAGAAUGAAUAAAACCCUCCAAAGACAGGCUUGCCUAAGCUGUAAAUCUAAUCAAAAAUAUACACAUAAAUAACAAUAAUACUCAACAUUGCAACAACAGACAACACAAUACCAAGAAAGUAAUCUAAGUAUUUAAUUUCAUUUGCACAAAUAUUUCAUUUCAAUUAUUUCCUUCAAAAUCUAAAUACGAAUACGAAUACGAAAUACUAAUACUAAUACUAAAUACGAAAUGAAUAAAGUACAAGUUAAAUUAAAAUACCUUCCUAACACCUCAGCGGUUCUUUGUCUUUAAUACAUUACACUAGGUACUGGUGAAACUCUUUGUUUAUUGUAGUUCACUUAAAAAAAAAACAAGAUCAUUCAAAAACAGCCUCCAGCAAUGAUUCAGUCACAAAUGCAGACAGCCUGGGAAGUUGUCAUUUCAUCCUUGAAGCCCAGAUUUUGUAGGACUGGUUGAUUGCAUCAGGUUGCUCCCCACCUGAUGAUUUUAAUUGAUUGAUUUUACCUUUAACUGUCUCUACCGGGUGUCCAGCAGCCACUCAGUUAAUGUCCGUCAAAGUUCAUCUGCAUCAACUCUGUUCCUAUAGUAAUGUAGAACAGUGAAGGUUAAGCACAUUAUAUAGCUUUAAUCACACUUGUAAUUUUUCCUCUAGGUUUUUAGUUUAGUUCCCAUCUCCAUAUACUGUAUGCGUGCAGAAAAGGCUUUGUUUAUAUUUUUUAGUACAGACAUUUGGAUUUGUCGUGUUUCUUGCGUGUUAAUUGAACCAGAUGGUUGUUUUACUAUAACCCUGCAGACUCCUAAAUUUAGCGAACAUCUGACCCAAAGUAACGAAGCGACAAAACACGCACAAAGCAACAAAGGACCGAAAGUUAGAGUUCGAUUCUAGAAAAAUUAUUCUGUGCAAAUUGACGUGACACACGUCGAAAAUGUUUGUUUUAACCAUUCCUUACUUACUAGAGCAAACGUACAGCGUUUAAACAUUAACUGUAACUGUAAGAAGUGAGAGCCAAACAUCGGAAAUAAAUUAAAAUACCCUAAACAUUACAACGAAAUAUAAAUAAAAACAUGUUGCAAUCAAUGGAACGCAUAAAUAAUGCGUACUAAUAUAAACCCACAUCAUUACUCUUAUCAUCCUUUAAACGCCUGCGGACUUUACGGUGGGAGGUCCCACGGGUGAAACGUGCUGGUGAUUGACAGGUGAGAACAACGCGGCAUCAGCAGGGACCAUAAAAAGUACAGGGAAGGUGUAGACUGGAGUAUUUAAGGAGCCAACCGGCGCAGGUAUGGAUGUGGGCGGUCGAAGCCACCAUUAAGCAUCCAUGGAGCUGUGCAGUCCCAACAUGAGUGAGAGCGGCGGCUCUCUGUGCCAGGUGAAGCAGCUUCCCUGCCCCAGCAUUGCCCUCUGUCGCCUGCAGGCCAGUGGGCACCACACGCACAGCCUCCCCCUCCUCGCCCCCCCGUGGCUCAACCACGCGGCCCCGCGGCCCAGGGCCGCCGGACCCCCCGCGGGCGGCGCCGCCGUGGAGUGUGCCGCCGCCAGACUGGGGAGAGAGGCGGCCGUGGCCUGGGGCGACUCCAGGGGGAGGGUGGUGGUGACGGGAGGUGGGGGGUACUUUGGCUUCAGGCUGGGGAAAGAGCUGGCCAGCCGGGGGAUGUCGGUGAUCCUGCUGGACCUGCACCCGCCGCCCUGUGACAUCCCUGAAGGAGUGACCUUCUAUCAGAGCGACAUCUGCGACUACUCCUCCAUGUAUAAAGUGUGUGACGGGGUCGACUGUGUAUUUCACACCGCGUCCUGCGGCAUGUCUGGACCAGAACAGCUGAGGAAAGAGCACGUGGAGUCAGUGAACAUUGGAGGGACUCAUAAUGUCAUAAAGUUGUGUAAGGAGAGGAGCAUACCCCGGCUGGUGUACACCAGCACCAUCAACGUGGUCUUCAAUGGAAAGCCCAUCGAGGACGGCGACGAGGCCUCCGUGUCGCCCGUGCGCCCGGACACGCACAUCGACCACUACUCCCGGACCAAAGCCAUCGCGGAGCAGUCGGUCCUCACGGCUAACGGGUGCGCCCUGAACGGUGGAGGCCUGCUGCGGACCUGCGCCCUCCGGCCCUGCGGCAUCUACGGCCCGGAGGAGAGGCGGCACCUCCACAGAGUGAUGGUGAAUGUGGAGCGGCGCCUGUUCAGCUUCAGGUUCGGGAACCCCCAGUCCAGGAUGAACUGGGUGCACGUGGACAACCUGGUUCUGGCCCACACGCUGGCGGCCGAGGCUCUGACUGGGAAGAGGAGCUGCGUCGCUAGUGGACAGGUCUACUUCAUCAAUGACGGCGUUUCGGUCAAUCUGUUCGAGUGGUUGACGCCUUUGUUUAAUAAGCUGGGCUGCCGCAGACCCCUGAUAAAUCUGCCCGUGUCGCUCGUCUAUUCAGCAGCCAUCGUGGUGGAAAACCUGCAUUUAGCUCUGAGACCACUGAUAAACGUGCCUCUCCUUUUCACCAGAAAUGAGGUAAGAACCAUAGCAGUGAACCACACAUUCAAGAUAGACAAGGCCCGUAAAGAGCUGGGUUACUGUCCAAAGACCUACAGCCUGGUGGACUCUGUGGAGCAGUACCUGGAGUCCAGAGAGCCACGACCCGGCUCAUGUCCGUUCAACACACCCUGGACCUCCAAGCUUUUGCGACACAUAGUCCAGCUGCUACUAAUGAUUCUUAGCUCAUUUCUAUUGAUGUUAUUCUGCAUAGUCUGUCACACUUAAGUGAUUCUGACUGUACUGUACUGUCUGGACACGGAUGAGCUAGCUAAGGCACUGUAACUAUUACGCUAAAACAGACAUGUUUAAUACAACUCGUUUUGAAAAUAAAACUUGUCCUCAAGCUUUCAAGAACACUAAGUUGUGCACAUGUUCAAUGUAAUUAUGUCUUCUUUGUGAUACUGAUAUGUGUGUGAUAUUUAGAAAUAGUCAUACCACCAGGCUGCUAAUAAGCACAAAACCUAAGAUGGACUUGUCUGCAGUUUGAAUUUACUGUAGGUUUUGUAUUACAAUUAUUGAUAUAGUGAUUGACUUUGCCACAGAUUUAUAGCAUGCUCCUAGUUUCUAUGACAAUGAAUUAAUGAGAUUAACACAUAUUUAGAGUUAAUUAGUAUAUAAUUAGUAGUUUUGUACAUUUUUGAAAUAAAAAGCACUAAUGAUGAA